AUGGAUUCACAGUCCAUCUACACGGCGCGCACAUUUGCGUCAAACUUCGACGACAGUUCCGAUACUCGCAUUCAGCUUCAGGCCCAACUCGAGGCCUUUGUGUUGGGCUUCAGAAUAGACAACCACUACAUCUACAGAGAUCAGCUAAAGGAGAAUGCUCUCCUCAAAAAGUACUUCUGUGACGUCAACAUUGGCGACCUAAUCUCCUACAAUGAAGAGUUGGCACACAAGCUGGCCUCAGAGCCUGCCGAGAUGAUACCCUUGUUCGAGGGCGCUCUGAAAAAGUGCACACGCCGCAUCCUCUUCCCCCACGAGCCCCAGGUGCACAUCCCUGAUCACCAGCUCCUCCUCCACUCCGACGCCGAAGAUAUCUCGAUCCGCAACCUUGACUCCAUGAUAAUUUCCAGGCUGGUGCGCGUCCCCGGGAUCGUCAUCGGCGCCUCCGUCAUGUCUUCCAAGGCCAUUGAGCUGCAUAUCCAGUGUCGCAACUGCCAGCAUCAGAAGACGAUACCCGUGCUCGGUGGCUUCACCGGCGUCACCCUCCCCCGCACGUGCGACCGCGCCCGUACUCCCAACGACCCCACACCCCAAUGCCCGCUCGACCCGUACUUUGUCAUGCACGAGAAGUCGCGGUUCGUCGACCAGCAGAUCAUCAAGCUGCAGGAGGCCCCCGACCAGAUCCCCGUCGGUGAGCUGCCGCGACACGUGCUCGUCUCGGCCGAUCGAUAUCUCACGAACCGUGUAGUCCCCGGCUCGCGGUGCACCAUCAUGGGCAUCUUCUCCAUAUACCAGAGCAAGGGGUCUAAGAAGUCGUCGACGACCGGUGCCGUCGCCAUCCGCACACCUUACCUGCGCGCCGUGGGCAUCCACACCAACCUCGACCAGACCGCCAAGGGAAGCGCCAGCUACACCGAGGAGGAGGAGCAGGAGUUCCUCGAGCUCAGCCGCCGGCCGGACCUGUACAGCAUCAUGGCCGACUGCAUCGCGCCCUCCAUCUACGGCAACCGCGACAUCAAGAAGGCCAUCCUGUGUCUCCUGCUGGGUGGCUCCAAGAAGAUCCUCCCUGAUGGCAUGAAGCUGCGAGGUGACAUCAACGUCCUGCUUCUCGGCGACCCCGGUACAGCCAAGUCGCAACUGCUCAAGUUUGUCGAGAAAGCGGCCCCGAUCUCCAUCUACACGUCCGGAAAGGGCUCGUCGGCGGCUGGUCUGACGGCCUCUGUGCAGCGUGACGCCUCGACCCGCGAGUUCUACCUUGAGGGCGGUGCCAUGGUCCUCGCCGACGGCGGCGUGGUGUGUAUCGACGAAUUUGACAAGAUGCGCGACGAGGACCGUGUCGCCAUCCACGAGGCAAUGGAGCAGCAGACCAUCUCGAUCGCCAAGGCCGGCAUCACCACCAUUCUCAACGCCAGGACGUCGGUGCUGGCGGCCGCCAACCCCAUCUUUGGCCGCUACGAUGACAUGAAGACGCCCGGCGAGAACAUUGACUUCCAGACAACCAUCCUGUCACGUUUCGACAUGAUCUUCAUCGUCAAGGACGAGCACAGCCGCGAAAAGGACGAGAUCAUGGCCAAGCACGUCCUGAACCUGCACGCUGACAACCGUGGACCCGACGAGAUGGAGGAGAGUGAGAUUUCCGUCGACAAGAUGCGCCGAUACCUGACCUACUGCAAGACCCGAUGCGCACCGCGCCUGAGCCCCGAAGCGUCGGAGAAGCUGUCGUCGCACUUCGUCUCGAUCCGCCGUCAGGUCCACGCGACGGAGAUGGAAGCCAACACGCGGUCCUCGAUUCCCAUCACGAUCCGCCAGCUCGAGGCUAUCGUGCGCAUCACCGAGUCCCUGGCCAAGCUGACGCUGUCGCCCAUCGCCACGGAGGCCCACGUGGACGAGGCCAUCCGCCUCUUCCUCUGCUCCACCAUGGACGCCGUCAACCAGGGCGGCAGCCAGGGAAGCCGCGAGCUGAACGAGGAGGUCCACCGCGUCGAGGCCGAGCUGCGCAGGAGACUUCCCAUCGGAUGGAGCACGAGCCUCGCCACGCUCCGUCGCGAGAUGGUCGAGGGUAAGGGGUACAGCGAGCAGUCGCUCAACAGGGCUCUCAUGAUCAUGCAGAGGAGGGAUACAAUCAUGUUUAGGAACCAAGGUGCGCAGGUAUACCGUAAUGGAGCAUGA